AUGUCAGCAACUCGACGACUCCAAAAAGAGCUUGGAGACUUAAAGAACUGCGGUGUAAAGGCUUACGAAAAUGUCGAAUGUGACGAAACCAAUCUUCUAAAAUGGACCGUUCUUCUUGUUCCGGACAAGGAACCGUACAACAAGGGAGCAUUCAAAGUGGGUAUUACUUUCCCCGUCGACUAUCCCUUCAAGCCGCCAAAGAUUGUCUUCGAGACUAAAAUUUACCAUCCGAAUAUCGACGAGGAGGGCAAGUUUUGCCUUCCAAUCGUUACCGCCGACCUCUGGAAGCCAGCAACGAAAACCGAGCAGGUUAUGAUGGCUCUACUUUCGUUGAUCAACGAGCCAGAGCCGUCACAUCCAAUUCGCGCUGAUGUGGCCGAGGAAUACCAAAAAGAUAGGAAGAAAUUCAUGAAGAACGCUGAAGAGCACACGAGAAAGAAACCAAGAAUGGGCUCGAAGGUCAUUUUGGUCACCGGCGGAACCGGGCUUGUCGGAAGCGCAAUCAAGCAUGUCGUUAAAACUACUGAAAAACAGCCGAACGAAACGUGGAUUUUCAUUGGAAGUCGCGACUGCAAUCUGGAAGAUCUUGACGAGACGCGAGCGUUUUUUGAAAAGACCCGACCAACUCAUGUUAUUCAUCUCGCAGCGAUGGUCGGCGGACUUUUCCACAACCUAGCCCACAAUUUACAGUUUUUUAGAAGAAAUAUGGCAAUAAACGACAACGUUCUUGCUCUUUGCCACGAAUUCAAUGUCGAAAAAUGUGUCUCGUGUCUUUCGACCUGCAUUUUUCCGGACAAAACCACCUAUCCGAUCGAUGAGACAAUGGUUCACUUAGGGCCACCACACGACUCAAACUUUGGCUAUUCGUACGCGAAACGAAUGAUCGAUGUUCUCAAUCGUGGGUAUGCGCAAGAGCAUGGAAAAAAAUUCACCUCGGUGAUUCCUUGUAACGUAUUCGGACCGCACGACAAUUACAACUUGCAAGCCGGCCAUGUUCUCCCGGCUCUAAUCCACAAGGCCUACAUUGCGAAGAAAAAUGGAACUCCUUUAGAGGUGUUCGGAUCAGGAAAACCAUUGAGACAAUUCAUUUAUUCUUUAGACUUGGCGCGGCUUUUUGUUAGGGUUCUUAGAGAAUAUGAGGAUGUUAGCCCAAUAAUCUUGUCGGUAGGAGAAGAAGACGAAGUAUCAAUUGCCGACGCCGUCAAAGCUGUUGUCAAAGCUAUUGAAUUUGAGGGCGAGAUUGUCUACGACACCAGCAAAGCUGACGGCCAAUACAAGAAAACUGCAUCAAAUGGCAAGCUUCGCAAAUUGUUCCCUGAUUUCAAAUUCACACCAUUCGAAGAAGCCAUCAAGGAAUCGGUCGAUUGGUUCGUUGCCAACUACGAGACCGCCCGAAAAUAA